AUGCGUAUGAUGCAAGCACAAGAAGCUGUGGGAAGAAUUAAGGCUCCUGAAGGAGAGAACCAACCCAGCACAGAAGUGGACCUGUUUGUCUCCACUGAAAAGAUUAUGGUCCUCAAUACAGACUUACAGGAAAUUAUGAUGGACCAUUCCCUGCGGACUAUCUCCUAUAUUGCUGACAUUGGUGACAUUCUGGUAAUCAUGGCUCGCCGGCGUCUUCUCUCCAGUCCAGGGGAUGAAUCGUUACGCAGGAAGAAGCAGGCCAAGAUUCUUUGCCAUGUCUUUGAAUCUGAUGAGGCCCAGUUGAUAGCCCAGUCUAUAGGCCAGGCAUUCCAGGUUGCUUACAUGGAGUUCCUGAAGGCCAAUGGCAUUGAUGACCCCGGCAUCAUCAAGGAAAUGGACUACCAGGAUGUGCUAAACCAGCAGGAAAUCAUGGGAGAAGAACUUAAUCUCUUUACCAAUAAAGAUUUCCAUAGAGAGGUGAUUGUUCCCAAAUUAAAAGGAGAACCUAUAGGUAUUGUGAUAGUGGAGUCUGGCUGGGGCUCUAUGGUACCUACUGUCGUCCUUGCCAAUAUGGCCCCAUCAGGCCCAGCAGCCAGGUGUGGCGGGCUCAACAUUGGGGACCAGAUCAUCUCUAUCAACGGGGUCAGUAUGGUGGGCCUACCACUGUCAACAUGUCAAACUUAUAUAAAGGGUGCCAGACAGCAGACUGUGGUGAAACUUACUGUUGUGCCUUGUCCUCCUGUGGUAGAAGUCCUUAUUAAGCGACCAGAUGUGAAAUAUCAACUUGGCUUCAGUGUGCAGAAUGGUGUAAUUUGCAGUUUAUUGCGUGGUGGCAUUGCUGAACGUGGUGGAGUGCGUGUAGGUCAUCGUAUCAUUGAGAUUAACAACCAGAGCGUGGUGGCUGUGCAGCAUGAAAAGAUAGUUGCCUUGCUGGCCAACUCGGUCGGAGAAAUUCACAUGAAAACCAUGCCCACCUCAAUCUUUAGAUUAUUGACUGGUCAAGAAACUCCACAUUAUUUGUGA